AUGGGAUUGUUAGGUAAAAUUUUUAAAAAGAAAAAAGAUGGUGAAGAAAAAGAAAAAGAUAAAGAUAGUAAUAUAAGCAACAACAGCAGUAACAACAAUAACAAUAAUAAAACCAAAAAUAUCAAUAGAUCAUCAUCAGAUAUAAAUAAAAGUAAUAAAGAUUUAAAAAAUUUAACAAAUAGCCCAAAUAGUAAAUCAUUACAAAAUGUCAACUAUAUCGAAGAAGAAGAAAUUAUAUUAAAUAAUGUUGUAAUCGAUAAAUUCUUUUUAUUGGACAAUAGCAGCAGAUUUACAAAAGAUACCAAUGAUCAAAUUUUUUAUAAAGCAUGGAGAAUCGAAGAGAUCAGAUUCCAGAUAUUUAGACAUUUUUCAUUGAACUCUAUCCCCAGUCAAAGCAGCACCAUUAUCUUUACAGAUCUAUUUAAUAAAAAGCUAGUAAAGGGUUUCAUCCCAGACACUACCAAGUCGAUUACAUUUGGACGUAGAUUCAAUCAGGUUCUCGAAGUGGGAAGCAUUCCAGAGUCAGUUACAUAUUUAAAGUUUGGUGAUGAUUUUUCGCAAUUAUCAAUUGGACCCAACAUUUUACCAAAGUCAUUAAAAACUCUUAUAUUUGGCAACUAUUUUAACACCCCAUUAAAUCGUAUUGCCUUACCACAAAACCUUGAAACAUUGGUAUUGGCAAAAUGUAAUAGUGAACACUUACCAGGAAAAAUUCCAGCAUCAGUCACAGAUUUAAAUUUGGGCGAAGUAACAGGACGUACAUUAGCUCCAGGUGAUAUACCAGAAAAUGUACAAACUCUUACUAUUGACUGCUCAUCACUUUUAAAAUGUCCACUUGUCGAUUCGAAAUCAAUACCUUCAUCAGUUCGUACUCUUAAUUUUGGUAAACAAUUCAACCAGCCAUUAUUAGAGAACUCUAUUCCUGAUGGUGUCACUACUCUUACACUUGGUGACUCUUUUAACCAACCAUUAGCACCAUCAACUAUUGGUCCAUCCAUUGGUAUGUUAGUAUUUGGUAAUGGCUUCAAUCAAACCAUUCAGCCAGGCUGUUUACCAAGCUCUCUAGGUAUUCUCGAAUUUGGUGAUGCCUAUAACAAACCAUUCAUCUUUGGUUCAAUACCAGACAGUGUAUUCUACUUGGAUCUCGGUAGAUCAUAUAAUAUACCUUUAGCCAAUUUACCAAAUGGUCUUAUGUCACUAAAAUUAGGUCGUAGUUUUAAACAACAAAUUACAUUGGAUGUAUUACCACAAAACAUUGCAGAGCUUUAUUUAAUUAAAGAUUUUGAUAAAACUUUAAUCAGUUACGACAUACCAAAAAAUAUUUUAAAAAUUAAUGAAAAAAAUUAA